UGGCGCAUUCCCCACUUUCACGUGAGUCGGACUUAUAGUCCAGCUGCUCCGCAUUCCUUACUCCUCACUCACAUUCUAGACAUGUCUCCGUUUCCCACCUCCAAACGCUGAAAAACCCAUUCACACGACAAUGCAUCGUCUCACACUCACACUCACACUCACACUCCUCCUCUUGCUUCUCCCAAGGCUGGGCUCUUCGGCCCCCGCGGCGCUCCCCUCGGACGCGGUGUCGCUCUUGUCCUUCAAGCAGCAGGCCGACCAAGACAACAGACUCCUCUACGCGCUGAACGAGCGCUACGACUACUGCUCAUGGCAGGGCGUGAAGUGCGCGCAGGGGAGAGUAGUCCGCUUCGUGGCCCAGUCCAUGGGCCUGCGCGGCCCAUUCCCCCCGGACACCCUCACCAAGCUGGACCAGCUCCGCGUCCUCAGCCUCCGCAACAACUCCCUCUUCGGGCCCAUCCCUGACCUCUCCCCCCUCACCAACCUCAAGUCCCUCUUCCUCGACCGCAACGCCUUCUCCGGCGCCUUCCCCCCCUCCCUCCUCCUCCUCCACCGCCUCAUCACCCUCUCCCUCUCCGCCAACAACCUCUCCGGCCCCCUCCCCCCGCAGCUCCCUCUCCUCCCCCGCCUCGUCGCCCUCCGCCUCGACUCCAACAACUUCUCCGGCACGCUCCCCUCCCUCAACCAAACCUCUCUAAAACUCCUCAACGUCUCCCACAACAACCUCACCGGCCCCAUCCCCGUCACCUCCGCACUCGCCAAACUAAACCCCCAAUCCUUCUCCCAAAACCCCGGCCUCUGCGGCGAGAUUCUUCACAAACAAUGCCCUCGCUCCCACUUCUUCGCCUCCACCGCGCCCUUGAGCCAGAGCGAACAGUCCCAGGGCAUCGUCGUCGUUCCUUCUAAUACCGCCAAACCCAAACACCACCCAAGAACCGGGUUGGUCCUCGGCCUCAUUGUCGCGGUUGUUCUCGUCGCGGCUCUCUCUCUGACCGUUAUUUCGCUGGUUAGGAGGAGGCGAGCGGUGGUGGUGGUUGUGGAACGAGCGGUUUCUGGCGAGGGUGAGAGCCAGAGGGAGGUGAAGGUGAGGAAGAUGGAGGAGGCGCACAGGAGUGGGAGCUUGGUGUUCUGCUACGGGGAGGUGCAGCAGUAUACGCUGGAGAUGCUGAUGAGGGCUUCGGCGGAGUUGUUGGGAAGGGGGAGUGUGGGGACCACUUACAAGGCGGUGAUGGAUUCGAGGCUCAUUGUGACGGUGAAGAGGUUGGAUGGAGGGAACAGUGAGGGGAGCGAUGGGGAGCUGUUUGAGCGCCACAUGGAGGUUGUGGGAAGGCUUCGCCACCCCAAUUUGGUGCCUUUGAGAGCUUAUUUUCAGGCUAAAGGAGAGAGGCUUGUUAUAUAUGAUUAUCAACCCAAUGGCAGCCUCUUCAACCUCGUUCACGGUUCAAGAUCAGCUAGGGCCAAACCCUUGCAUUGGACAUCAUGCUUGAAAAUAGCCGAAGAUGUGGCACAUGGACUUGCUUAUAUCCAUCAAGUUUCGUCUUUAAUUCACGGCAACCUAAAAUCCUCUAACGUCCUUCUCGGAGUGGACUUUGAAGCUUGUAUUACGGACUACUGUUUGGCCUUCUUUGCAGAUCCUUCAUUCCCUGAAGAUCCUGAUUCUGCAGCAUAUAAAGCACCAGAGGCUCGUAAGUCUGGCCGCAGGGCCACUUCCAAGUCUGAUGUGUAUUCUUUUGGGGUGCUUCUGCUGGAGCUUUUGACGGGUAAACGUCCCUCCCAACACCCUUUUCUUGCACCAACGGAUCUGCAAGAUUGGGUUAGAGCAAUGAGGGAUGACGAUGUUAGUGAAGAUAACCGGCUAGAGAUGCUGACGGAGGUUGCCAGUAUUUGCAGUGCAACCUCGCCGGAGCAGAGGCCAGCAAUGUGGCAAGUUCUUAAGAUGAUACAGGAAAUAAAGGACAGUGUUACAAUGAAGGAUGCUGCACUUUCCGGACUCUCAUAGUUUGUGAAUCAUGUAAAUCUGACUUGGUUGCUUGUAUGCGAGAAAAUAAUCACACCAAAUAGCACCGUCAAGUCCUCUUGUUGAAAAUGAAAGAAAAUUGGUCGUGGAGGAACAUGAAGGAGUGAUUUGCUGGUCAGGUUGAAAGGUUAAGCAAUCAUUUUUGCGGGAAUCUCACAAAUUAUACAGUAAAUCAUGCAGAACCAUCUGCUUCUGUGGCUGGUUAGUGCAGUUUUUUAUUGGUCGAUAGACAAUUAGACAUAGUAAUAAUAGAAUUUAUAUGAAUGUAUUUAUUUGAGCUUUAUUCAAAUUUUCUACGUUUUUGUCUCUGACAAGAAAGGGACGUAAAGGUUGAUUGCCUGAUUGGGGUGAAGACUUUGGCCGGCGAAAUGUACACAUAGUCUUCUCAGUUCCUUUCCUUCGUUUUGGUCAAUAUCAUUUCUGGAAAGCUAGGUCUUCUGAUU